AUGAGGCGUCUACUACUUCGUUCGCUUUUCGGCAUCCGCCAUCAACUCUGUUCAUCAAAACUCAAAGGCUUGCAUGGCACUGGGGCACCUCCACAUCCCACGGCCCUACGAUCUGGGUCGUGGAAGGUCCUUGUCUCCGCCCGAGAGUUCGCCUCUGCAGCAGCGGCGGCGGCUCAGAGCGAUCCGCCGCCUGCUUCCGCUUCUGCACCUCCGUGCCCCACCGAGAGGGUCUCAUCGAUCGUGGACGAGAUAUCGGGGCUCACUCUGCUCGAGGUCGCCGACCUGACGGAGCUUCUGAGGAGUAAGCUGGGGAUAGACGAGAUGCCGGCAAUGGCAGUUAUGAUGCCCGGGAUGGGGAUGGGCGGCGGAGCUAUGCGGGGGCGGGGAGCGGGGGCGACGGCGGGGGCCAAGGCUGAGGAGAAGAAGGAGAAGACGGCGUUCGACCUGAAGCUAGAGAGCUUCGACGCUGCGGCCAAGAUCAAGAUCAUCAAAGAGGUGAGAACGUUUACGGACCUUGGGCUGAAGGAGGCCAAAGAGCUAGUGGAGAAGGCACCGGCCCUGCUGAAAAAAGGCGUUCUCAAGGAGGAGGCCGAGAAGAUCGUGGAGAAGAUGAAGGCGAUAGGUGCCAAGGUUGUCAUGGAAUGA